AUGUCUUUCAAGGUCUGCCAGAAGCCUGUUCUGGGCCUGGGGUUCGACAAGGGUGUUCCUCCACUGCUGCCUUCCUCUGGUUCUCCCAUCUCAGCUCUGAGCCCGGAGAGGGAGGGAAGCAGUAGAUAUCCCCAGGAAGAUAGUGAGAUCCCUCCUGGCUGUCCACCCACCACUUACCCUCCCUCACCUCUACCCGCCACCCAUCCUCCCUCACCUCUACCCGCCACCCAUCCUUCCUCCGCCCUACCCGCCACCCAUCCUUCCUCUGCCCUACCCGCCACCCAUCCUUCCUCCGCCCUACCCGCCAACCACCCAUCCUCCCUCACCUCUACCCGCCACCCAUCCUUCCUCCUCCAUACCCGCCACCCAUCCUCCCUCACCUCUACCCGCCACCCAUCCUUCCUCCGUCCUACCCGCCACCCAUCCUUCCUCUGUCCUACCCGCCACCCAUCCUUCCUCCGCCCUACCCGCCACCCAUCCUUCCUCCGCCCUACCCGCCACCCAUCCUUCCUCCGCCCUACCCGCCACCCAUCUUUCCUCUGCCCUACCCGCCAACCACCUAUCCUCCCUCACCUCUACCCGCCACCCAUCCUUCCUCCGCCCUACCCGCCACCCAUCCUUCCUCCUCCCUACCCGCCACCCAUCCUUCCUCUGCCCUACCCGCCAACCACCUAUCCUCCCUCACCCCUACCCGCCACCCAUCCUUCCUCCGCCCUACCCGCCACCCAUCCUUCCUCCGCCCUACCCGCCACCCACCCGCCAACCACCCAUCCUCCCUCACCUCUACCCGCCACCCAUCCUUCCUCCUCCCUACCCGCCACCCAUCCUUCCUCCGCCCUACCCGCCAACCACCCAUCCUCCCUCACCAUCUACCCUACCCGCCACCCAUCCUUCCUCCUCCCUACCCGCCACUCAUCCUUCCUCCGCCCCUACCCGCCACCCAUCCUUCCUCCGCCCUACCCGCCACCCAUCCUUCCUCCUCCGCCACCCAUCCUUCCUCCGCCCCUACCCGCCACCCAUCCUUCCUCCCCUACCCGCCACCCAUCCUUCCUCCGCCCUACCCGCCACCCAUCUUUCCUCUGCCCUACCCGCCAACCACCUCCCUACCCGCCACCCAUCCUCCCUACCCGCCACCCACCUCCGCCCUACCCGCCACCCAUCCUUCCUCCGCCCUACCCGCCACCCAUCCUUCCUCCUACCCGCCACCUCCCUACCCGCCACCCAUCCUUCCUCUGCCCUACCCGCCAACCACCUAUCCUCCGCCCUACCCGCCACCCACCUCCGCCCCACCCGCCACCCAUCCUUCCUCCGCCCUACCCGCCACCCAUCCUUCCUCCGCCCUACCCGCCACCCAUCCUUCCUCCGCCCUACCCGCCACCCAUCCUUCCUCCUCCCUACCCGCCACCCAUCCUUCCUCCGCCCUACCCGCCAACCACCAUCCUCCCUCCCCUCUACCCGCCACCCAUCCUUCCUCCUCCCUACCCGCCACCCAUCCUUCCUCCGCCCUACCCGCCACCCAUCCUUCCUCCGCCCUACCCGCCACCCAUCCUUCCUCCGCCCUACCCGCCACCCAUCCUUCCUCCGCCCUACCCGCCACCCAUCUUUCCUCUGCCCUACCCGCCAACCACCUAUCCUCCCUCACCUCUACCCGCCACCCAUCCUUCCUCCGCCCUACCCGCCACCCAUCCUUCCUCCUCCCUACCCGCCACCCAUCCUUCCUCUGCCCUACCCGCCAACCACCUAUCCUCCCUCACCUCUACCCGCCACCCAUCCUUCCUCCGCCCUACCCGCCACCCAUCCUUCCUCCUCCCUACCCGCCACCCAUCCUUCCUCCGCCCUACCCGCCACCCAUCCUUCCUCCGCCCCUACCCGCCACCCAUCCUUCCUCCGCCCUACCCGCCACCCAUCCUUCCUCCUCCCUACCCGCCACCCAUCCUCCUCCUCCGCCACCCAUCCUUCCUCCGCCCCUACCCGCCACCCAUCCUUCCCCCGCCACCCAUCCCCUACCCGCCACCCAUCCUUCCUCCUCCUCCCUCCGCCCCCGCCACCCAUCCUUCCUCCGCCCUUUCUGCCACCCAUCCUUCCUCCGCCCUACCUGCCACCCAUCCUUCCUCCUCCCUACCCGCCACCCAUCCUUCCUCCGCCCUUUCUGCCACCCAUCCUUCCUCCGCCCUACCCACCAACCACCCAUCCUUCUUCCCACAAUUACAAGUUUCUUUCUCCCCCACCUGCAAACUUAGACCAUUGAUUGAGCAACCCUGCAUCCUGCCCCCCCUCCUCCCCACUGCCCACCUUCCCCCAAAUGCUUACUCUUUAAGGAUACAUAUCAUUCUAUAG